UUCCCUUAAUUAGGGUUACACUAUUUCUCGGUCCCUCCCUAUCAAACUCUACUUUGUUCCAGAACACCACAUCUCUUCUAGGGUUUCCAAUUUGCUCUCGAUCUUCCCUCUACAUUCCCACCCGUUUGGUUUUAAACCCACAAAUGGCAGCUCCGGCAGUCUCCCAACCUCGCUCUGUAUCUUCCAAAACCGAGUCUUAUGUCGACAACAAGCGGAAAGAAGACGUCCGUCAGGCUAAUAUCGUGGCAGCCCGCGCUGUGGCUGACGCCGUUCGUACCAGUCUCGGCCCCAAGGGUAUGGACAAGAUGAUUUCCACUGCCAGCGGCGAGGUCAUCAUUACAAAUGACGGCGCAACGAUCUUGAACAAAAUGGAAGUCCUUCAGCCCGCAGCCAAGAUGCUUGUCGAGCUUUCGAAGUCUCAGGAUGCCGCUGCAGGUGAUGGCACCACCACUGUCGUAGUCAUUGCCGGCGCAUUGUUAAAACAAUGCCUCACUCUUUUGUCUAACGGAAUCCAUCCGACGGUCAUUUCGGACUCUCUUCACAAGGCAGCAAUUAAAGCUAACGAUGUUUUAACGGCAAUGGCUGUUCCGGUAGAAUUAACUGACCGUGAGAGUUUGAUUAAAUCAGCGAGUACUUCGUUGAAUAGCAAGGUUGUGAGUCAGUACUCUACGUUGCUAGCACCAUUGGCUGUUGACGCUGUUUUGACCGUGGUGGAUCCUGCCAAACCAGAUUUAGUUGAUUUGAGAGAUGUUAAGAUAGUGAAGAAGUUAGGGGGGACAGUUGAUGAUACUGAGAUGGUCAAAGGUUUAGUUUUUGAUAAGAAAGUAAGUCAUGCUGCAGGCGGACCCACGCGUGUUGAGAACGCAAAAAUUGCUGUGAUUCAGUUUCAGAUUUCCCCGCCGAAGACUGACAUUGAGCAGAGCAUUGUGGUUUCCGAUUAUACGCAGAUGGAUAGGAUUUUGAAGGAGGAGAGAAAUUAUAUAUUGGGAAUGAUUAAGAAGAUCAAAGCCACUGGGUGUAAUGUGCUGUUGAUUCAAAAGAGUAUUUUGAGAGAUGCCGUGACAGAUUUGUCAUUGCAUUAUCUGGCGAAAUCUAAGAUUUUGGUGGUUAAAGAUGUGGAGAGGGAUGAGAUUGAGUUUAUCACUAAGACUUUGAAUUGCUUGCCCAUUGCCAAUAUUGAUCAUUUCCGUGCUGAGAAGUUAGGGCAUGCAGAUUUGGUGGAGGAGGUUUCUCUGGGAGAUGGGAAGAUUGUGAAGAUUACUGGGAUUAGGGAUAUGGGUAGGACUACAACUGUGCUUGUUCGUGGGUCGAAUCAGUUAGUGAUUGACGAGGCUGAGAGAAGUUUGCACGAUGCUUUGUGUGUGGUUAGGUGUUUGGUGAAUAAAAGGUUUUUGAUUGCAGGUGGUGGUGCACCGGAGAUUGAACUUUCAAGGCAGCUGGGUGCAUGGGCAAAGGUAUUGCAUGGAAUGGAAGGGUAUUGUGUGAGGUCGUUUGCAGAGGCACUUGAAGUUAUUCCCUAUACUUUGGCUGAGAAUGCUGGAUUGAAUCCAAUUGCCAUCGUGACUGAGUUGAGGAACAGGCAUGCUCAGGGUGAGAUCAAUGCUGGCAUCAAUGUGAGGAAGGGACAGAUUACAAAUAUUUUGGAGGAGAAUGUGGUGCAGCCCCUGCUUGUGAGCACGAGUGCAAUUACACUGGCAACAGAGUGUGUUCGGAUGAUUUUGAAGAUAGAUGACAUUGUCACAGUACGGUAGUUUGAAUCAAAGAUGGACAUGUGGUUUUGUGUUUGUCUUGGGAUUCUGUACUAAGUAAGUUCUCUGUUUUAUGGUCAAUUGUGGUGAAUAAUUUUGACUUUGUUUUGUACUAGCUACAUUAGUAACUUCUCUGUUUUAGGGUUGAUUUUGGUGAAGAAUUUUGAUGUGGCCUUUGUCACCCAAUAUUUGGUUUAAAUUGGGAUUUUAUGUUUUUCUUUUCA